AUGGAAGUCAGAUUUCGGUUUGCGCAGUUGUUGUGGGUGGCGGGACUGCUGGGGUUCUGGAUUCAUGCCAUAUCGCCGCAUGAUUCCCCUGCGGAAGCCGUGGCUGUUGUCGAGACGCGCGGCCCCGACGGAUACCCCGCCUCGGGUUCUGUGGCUCAUGUCAGCGGUGCCGGUAGCGCCAAGACCUCGUUAAAGAAAAAACUGGUGAAAAGGGUGCAUGGGGCUCUCAAGCGAUAUGCAAUUCCGAUUCGAGCUAUCUGCUCGAUCGUUGCUGUUCUCCUCGUAGGGUAUUCCGUUUUUAGACGUGCCCGCAAGCAUCCGCGUGAGGAGGUUCCUCCCGAGGAAGGCAGUCAACCAGAAGAGUUGCCAGAAACCGCUUCUACUAGCAAGGCGUCUUCAGGCUCUACUUCUGCAGCGGGUGCCACCGCAGUUCCAGUGUUGCAAGCGUAUCUCCUAACAGGUCAAGAUGGCGAUGGCCUAUCCACUCCUUCCAAAUCUGGCUCCGGCACAUCCGCACCCUUGGAGACAAGUGGCGAAUGGACCGCUGUGUCUGGUAGUAGCGGCAAUGACAGUGACGCACCGCAGGCGGGAUUCCACGAUCCUUUUUGGGGACACGGUGAAACAGAGUCCACUGCGGGUAGCAGUGGAACAUCAGUCCCUCCGAUAGGCAGCGAGGGAACAGAAAAGCAGCCGAGCCAUUCCACACCUGGGCCAUUGAGCCCUCAUGCACCUGCCGGGUUUUCAAUGCCAGCCACGCAAGGUGAGGACGACCCCGUCACCAAGAAGACAGGUGAACCGGUGACGCACCCGGCAAGCGGUAGCAGCAGCGGGUCGCCUGGUUCGCCUACAUGGAUGGCUCCUGUCUUACCGAGUCCGAUCCCUCGUGCACAGCUGCUAAGAGAGACGCAAGGGGGAGACAGUGGGGCGAGCAAGUCAGGCGCGCGACGUGGAGAGGAGACGCACCCGGCAAGUGGUAGCAGCAGCGGGCCGCCUGGUUCGCCUACAUGGAUGGCUCCUGUCUUACCGAGUCCGAUCCCUCGUGCACAGCUGCUAAGAGAGACGCAAGGGGGAGACAGUGGGGCGAGCAAGUCAGGCGCGCGACGUGGAGAGGAGACGCACCCGGCAAGUGGUAGCAGCAGCGGGCCGCCUGGUUCGCCUACAUGGAUGGCUCCUGUCCCACCGCCUCCGAACUCUCGUGCACAGCAGCUAAGCGCGACGCCAAGGGGAGACGGUGGGGCCAGCGGCUCACGGGAUACGCCUAGACGGCAGCCGGGUGGAAGAUUCGAUGGCAGCGUGCCUAGUCCGCGUGCACCUCCAUGGGUGCCUCCUGGUGUAAGUGGAGCGAAACCACGCCAACGUGUUGGCUUGAUUACACAGGCGCCAGGAGGAGGCUCCAGACCUCGCCGUGGAGAGCCGCGUGACCCAGGCAGAGGCGGAAAGACGAAAACCCCCGGGCUCUUACGGGUGCCUGCUGGCGCAGGGACGGUGACGCCACGAGGAUCAGGCGAAAAUCGUCCAGAGCCAGCGCCGCCGGGAAGAGACGCAGGGGCGCGCCGCGGAGAGAAGCGUGAACACGGCAGUACGGACCCAGCGCCAACACCCUACCCCAAGCACCCAUGGUUACACCGGUUCUUGGAGCAGCGCCCGCAUCGGCGUUCCCGUGCGGCGGCGGCACCGAUACCAGAGGAGAGCGAAAGUACAGCGGAGGGAAAAAAAGAAGAGGAGAGUAUGAUAGACAACACCAAGGAAGACGACAGCAGGUGA